GCAAGUCUAAUCUUAGUCCAUAACAUAUGCUCAAACCCCGCUCCUACUUCCUCAAUGCUUCUUUCAACUCGACCUCACUAUCCCUCUCUGUCUCUCUCUCUCUCUUCCUCAUCCUCUUCUAUUUUUUCACCAUCUAUCCUAGCAAGCGCGAACAGUGUUCAUCACUUCUGACGGAGUCGAAGAUAGCUGACCACUGCGGAUGUCACACCACAUAGAUCACAGAGUCAAUCGAAGUGGUGAACGACUUGAACAAAACUAAUCAGAGUGGAUGAUAUGAGCUCGGUAGUCUGAAGAGGCGAUGAGAUUGAAUGUUGCGUGCAGGGCGCCAUUCUACUCCAAGCUUUCAGGUAGCAGCGCCAAGUAGAAGGCGCUCAUCACGCGGCAGAAGCGAGCAAGUGGAAACGGGCAGCUGCGAACAACAGGCCUGAGCGGGUCCGACC